CAGAAAGAAAAGAGAAGAAAUUUUUUUAAAAAAAAAAAAAAAACCCCACAUCUGGGUUCUGUUCAGUUUUCCUCCCUUUGGCCAGCGGUUUUGUGAGAAAAGGGAGUUCAAAGGCCUGGGUUUUGUUUUUUAAUUGAGGGGCGGGGGGCGCAGCUGAAGACAAAAGGCCAGUUCCAAAGCCGUAACCGUUGCUUCUUUGGGAGAGCAGGAGGUGUCACUGACAUGACUCCUUAUGAAAUCGAACAUCAAAUCACUUGGAUUCUUGUUUUGAUGCUGGGUUUUUGAUUGGGAGCACUGGGAGCUAGUUUCUUAGAAAUUUUGAGGAGGGUGCUCUUCAAUUUUGAUUUUUCUUCUUCUUCUUUAUUUAAGGGAUUUCUCUGAUCUUUUUCUGGUUUAGUCGCUGGGGAGUCCGGAUCCUUGAGUCAUAUGAAGAGAUCUAAGGCUUUGUUUGAAGUUGUUCUGCUUCUGGCAUUGAUUGGUGAAGCCCCAUGGGCAGCAGCCUCACAUAGAUUUGAUUGCAAGAGCACGAAAUCGAAGUUAUAUCGUCCCCACAGCGUCUCAGUAACUGAGUUCGGAGCUGUAGGGGACGGCGUGACUCUCAAUACCAAGGCCUUUGAGAACGCUAUCUUCUACCUCAACUCAUUUGCCGAUAAGGGUGGGGCCCAGCUCUUUGUUCCGGCCGGGAGAUGGCUGACGGGUAGUUUUAUGCUCAUCAGCCACCUCACAUUGUCCUUGGAUAAGGAUGCAGUGAUUCUUGGAUCCACUGAUCCUUCUCAUUGGCCAGUCAUUGAUCCACUGCCUUCAUAUGGACGAGGUCGAGAACUACCUGGUGGAAGACACGAGAGUCUCGUUCAUGGAUAUAAUUUGACAGACGUUGUAAUAACAGGCAGCAACGGAACCAUUGAUGGACAAGGGAGCUUUUGGUGGGAUUCAUUCAAUAAUAAGACUCUGGAUUAUACGCGGCCUCAUCUUGUUGAAUUUAUGUAUUCAACUGGGAUUGUCAUCUUAAAUCUUACUUUCGCAAACUCCCCCUUUGGGGCGAUUCACCCUGUAUACUGCAGCCAAGUGUUCAUCAAGAAUGUCACUAUCCUGGCCCCUCCUGAUUCGCCAAACACUGAUGCAAUUGAUCCAGACUCUUCUAACAACGUCUGCAUUGAGGACUGCUACAUCAGCACAGGCAAUGACCUAAUAGUCAUAAAGAGUGGAUGGGAUGAAUAUGGAAUUUCCUUUGCUCGACCAAGCUACAACAUCAGUAUCUGUCGCAUAACCGGAGAAACAAAAUCAGGCACAGCUAUUGCCUUUGGCAGUGAGAUGUCUGGUGGUAUAUCAAAUGUUAAUGCUGAAGACAUCCAUAUCUUCAAUUCAAAGCAUGGCAUCGGAAUAAAAACUUCUAAAGGGCGAGGUGGCUAUGUUCGAGACAUCUAUAUAUCUAAUAUGACAAUGAAAGAUGUUGAUAUAGCGAUCAUGAUCCAAGGCCAUUAUGGUGAGCACCCAGAUGGAGACGUUAUCGGUGAAAAUAUAAGAGUUGCGGGUGUAUUGGAAGGAAUCCAAGGGGAUGAGUUCACCAACAUUUGUCUCUCCAAUAUCGUUCUCAAUGUAACUAAGAAUGAUAGGUGGAAGUGCUCAUAUAUCAAUGGUUAUUCGAACAUGGUCUCUCCUGAGUUGUGUGAGGCUCUGAAAGAACUACCAGAUGAUUCAUCGCCAUGCUAUCAAAAUGAUAAUUUGAGGCCUCAAAGAUAUGAUGCCAUCCGUUUGGUUAGUCCUUUGGAAUAUAUUGGCAUCAUGGGAGCUUGAGCAUGGCUCUACAGAUGUGUUGAGUUCAAAGACAGAAAAUUCAAAUUCCCAUUGAGAGAUGUGUAUUUUGUCCAAAUAUGUUUAAUUCUUGUCAUUUUUUCUGAAUAUAUGUUGUUUUUUCUUGCAAUCGUGGGAAUUGGUCAGUGCUUCCUUGGCAUAGCAAGCUAAAAAAGUUUGAAAUCCGCUGUAAAUUCUUGUAAACAAGUAAAAUAAUGCCGAAAGUGUCUUCUUUAAGAAAAGAAGUUACCCAUUGAGUUAAGUAA